AUGUCACAAGCGGGACUGAUUGACAUUAUGUACUUGAUCUUGUGGAUAGCUUUUCUCUUGGUCCAAGUCAGAGGUAAGUCUAGUCAUAGGCUUUUAGUGGAAAGGAGCAUGUUGUCUUUCUAAGGUAAAUUCUCUCUUUUUGUCAUAUUUCAAAUUGAUGAAUAGGAUGGAUAAAUAGUAAAUUGAGCUUGGACAAUUUUUGCUUAUAUCCUAACAAGUGGUUAUAACAAGCUCAUAAGUGGUUUUAACAAGCUUAAUAACACAAGUGGUUUCUUAUAACAAGUGGAUGUUUUUGGACUUAUAGGCCACUGUUACACCUCCAUCAACUCAGCCUAUGUGGACCAAAGGAUCCGGCCGGGCCACAGCUUCAGCCUGGCCUGUGAGUUUGUCUGCCUGCAACCCAGCCAUGCCAUGCAGUGGUGGAAGGAUGGCCGGGUCCUACUGAACGCUACCUCCAUCCUGCCCAACAUUACUCUGUCUAUGCAUGUGAUUGGAGCUGGGGAGAAGGACAGUGGGAACUACAGCUGUAGGACAGAACCACCUGAUGCCCUGGGCACCACAGCUGUUAUUACAGUGGGAGGUAAGAUCAAAUCAAAAUUAAAUCCAAUGUUAUUUGUCACGUACACAGUUUACAGCAGGUGUAAAAGGGGCAGCGAAAUGCUUAUGUGCUAACUCCGUCAACAUUGCAGUACAAUAAUCAAUAUCAAUAAUAAGAGUAAAAUAAAGAAAUCCAAAUUUAGGCCUGUGUGAUGUGUAACGUUGUCAGAGAUCUGAAUAUUUGUGUUAUCGCCCAGAGCUAAUAACUAGGCUUCAGCUCAGUGCGUUAAUACAGCCUUGUAGCACGCAGAUGACCCAGUUUAUACUCAGUCAGUUACACCUCUGUAUGUAUCUAAAUAUAAUGUUCCGUUUUUUACUCCCAGACCUCCCUACCUCUGGGCCCUCUGUCAAUACCCUUGAGCCCACGGUCGAGCCAAAGCAGGGUAUGUGUGAGGUGCGUGGGUUUGGGGUUUCCAGCCAAGGUGAGAUGUUCAUUCCCAUCCACAUGGUUUAGCAGCCCUAUAGUUCACCGCCCAGCGUCUAUAGUUCACCGCCCAGCAUCAAUGAUAUUAAUGAGAAUAAUGUCCUUGUGGCUUCAGUGAUUUUAAUCUCUCUCUUUCUCUUUCCUGUCUGUCUCUCUUUUCUACAUUUCUUUAUUUUCUUUCUCUUUCUUUCUUUUCUACCGUAGAAAUAGCCUGGUAAAGAUGGAUUCAAGGGAAAUGUUUACCCUGGGACUCAGAGGUGAAAACAUCAAAGAGAUCAAAUUAACGUGAAGCUCUCUCUCUCUCUCUCUCUCUCUCUCUCUCUCCUCUCUCUCUCUCUCUCUCUCUCUCUCUUCUCUCUCUCUCUCUCUCUCUCUCUCUCUCUCGUCUCUUCUCUCUCUCUCUCUCUCUCUCUCUCUCUCUCUCUCUCUCUCUCUCUCUCUCUCUCUCUCUCUCUCUCUCUCUCUCUCUCUCUCUCUCUCUCUCUCUCUCUCUCUCUCUCUCUCUCUCUCUCUCUCAGGUGUUCUGGAUGUUGCGAUGGUGUGGUACCUACUGUUGAAGGCUGUAUUUCUCAUCCUCAUGGUGACCACUACAGCUCUGGUUCUAGCCUGCAGGCGCCGCUGA